CACUGCCGGCUCAGCUGCGCGGGCUUUGAUGUUAGUUAUGAUUAUUUGCUGUGCAAAAGAUGAAUGAAAAUGAGCCGGAAACGGAAAUUCCUCCUACAAGUGCAGCUUCGGGACAAAUACAGGCUAUAGCCAAGGAUACAGUACACAAGAUCUGCUCGGGACAGGUGGUGCUUAGCUUGGCGGUGGCUGUAAAGGAGCUGGUUGAGAAUUCAAUUGAUGCAGGUGCCACACUGGUCGAGAUUAAGCUCAAGGACCAAGGACUGCAGGGCGUAGAUGUCUCCGACAAUGGCUGCGGCGUCGAGGAGUCCAAUUUGGAGGGCAUGACUGCCAAGUAUCAUACCUCGAAGAUACGGGAGUUUGUGGAUCUGCUGGGCGUGGAGACGUUUGGCUUUCGUGGCGAAGCUUUGAGCUCGCUUUGUGCCCUCUCCGACAUGACAAUUGUGACGCGUCACAAAUCCACGGAUGUGGCUCUCAAAAUCGAACUUGAUCACGAGGGCAAGAUCAAGAAACGUUCGCCUUGCGCCCGCGGGGUCGGCACCACGGUUUCCUUGGGUAAUCUCUUUGCUACGCUGCCCGUGCGGCGUCGCGACUUUACGCGCAACAUCAAGAAGGAGUUCACCAAGAUGUGCCACAUACUGCAAGCCUAUUGCCUGGUCACCAAAGGUGUGCGGCUCAUCUGCAGCAAUCAGACGCCCAAAGGUGCAAAGUCCAUUGUCCUGCAAACCCACGGCGCACAAGAUGAGCUGGCCAACAUUUCAGCGGUGUUUGGUGCCAAGCAAGUGGCGGAUUUGGUGCCGCUUAAAUCCCCCUUCGAGUCGGGUCAACUGAGUGAGGAAGGAUUGCGUGCUGAGCUACAAUCGGCGAGCGAAGCAGCUGACACAACUUGCACACAGUUUAGUGCCGAGGAUGUGGAGCGUUUGAAUCAAGCAGACUUUCAACUGGAAGGCUACAUUUCCAGCUGUCGUCAUGGCGCUGGUCGAUCCACCCGAGAUCGGCAGUUCUUCUAUGUGAAUAGCCGACCCUGUGAUCCAAAAAAUAUUGCCAAAGUAAUGAACGAUGUGUACCAUCGCUACAAUGGACAGCAGCAGCCUUUCAUCUACCUCAAUAUAGUGACAUCUCGUGCAGAUGUGGACGUGAAUCUCACGCCCGACAAGCGCCAAUUGCUGCUCAACAAUGAGAAGAUUCUGCUGCUGGCGCUGAAGAAGUCGCUGCUCGACACCUUUGGCAACUUACCCUCCACAUUCCAAAUGCAAAACGUGUCCAUAGUCAGCAUGUUGGAGCCAAAAGUUAAAGUGGAGGAGACAACAGCGAUUACUGCAGAUUUGGAUGAGGAUGAUGUGCCUGUCAGCUCCUCACAGCGUUUCAUGGACGUGUUGACGCAAUGGCGACGCACAGGUGACACCAGAGGAAAUGCUCCAACAGCGCCAGCAAAGCGACGCUGCGAAGAAACUGAGGAGAUCAAAACACGCGCCAUGAAAAUGCAAAAGAUUCAAGAUUUCCUUACUCAAAAAGAGUCGACAAAAGAAGCGGAAAUAGAUGAAGAGGAAACUACGAAACAAGAGAAAAGCGAGAGCAGCCCCGACAGCAGCUUGGUCAAUUUAAAGCAGCUCGAAGAGGAGUCAAAAGCUUUUGAUGGAAUGAUUGAAGCAAAAGUGCCGCGCAUUGAUUGCAGAGCAUUGACGCCUCUUAAGCCGUGCCAGAUUAUGUCGCCAAAAGAAGCGGAAAUAGACGAAGAGGAAACUACGAAGCGAGAGAAAUAUGGGAGCAGCCCCGACAGCAGCUUGGUCAAUUUAAAGCAGCUCGAAGAGGAGUCAAAAGCUUAUGAUGGAAUGAUUGGAGCAAAAGUGCCCCGCAUUGAUUGCAGACCAUUGACGCCUCUUAAACCACGCCAGAUUAUGCCGCAGCUAAAGCCAAGGAUUAUUCACGUGGAGAGCAAACCAGCAAAGGAAGCAGAAGAGGAAACUGAGGAAGAAACUGAACCAACCGAAGAAAAUGAUGAUGAUCAUAUCGAAAUGCCAACACGCAUUGAAUACGAUGGCGACGAUAACGAUGCAGAAAUGGAUGCUCCAUCCAACGUAGCCAGCGGCGAAAUGCGCACUUCCUUGGAUCAAAUAAAAGCCAGCUUGCAGGCACAGGAACAGCAGCACACCGAGCGCAAACUUCGCGCUAAGCUGCAGCGAUUACGCUUCAAAAGUCAAAUCAAUCCCAGCCAGAAUCAGAACGCUGAAGCGGAACUGCAGAAGGAAAUAACAAAAGCGGACUUUGCACGCAUGCAAAUCAUAGGACAAUUUAAUCUGGGUUUCAUCAUUGUCAAGCUGGAGGAUGAUCUGUUUAUUGUAGAUCAACAUGCAGCAGAUGAAAAGUACAAUUUCGAGACGUUGCAACGAAGCACGCAGCUGGAGCAUCAACGUCUCACAGUGCCGCAAACACUUGAGCUAACGGCAGUCAAUGAGAUGGUGCUGCUGGAUCACUUGCCGGCCUUCGAAAAGAAUGGUUUCCGAUUCGAAAUCAAUAAUGAAGCUCCUGCCACGAAAAAAGUGCGUUUGUUGGGCAAACCCUUCAGCAAGAACUGGGAGUUUGGCAAAGAGGACAUCGAUGAGCUGAUCUUUAUGCUGCAGGAUGCACCCGAGGGCACCAUCUGUCGUCCAUCACGCAUACGCGCCAUGUUCGCUUCACGCGCUUGCCGCAAGUCUGUUAUGAUUGGCAAGGCAUUAAAUAGAGGCACCACAAUGAGACGCCUCAUCACCCAAAUGGGCGAAAUCGAGCAGCCUUGGAAUUGCCCGCAUGGACGGCCUACCAUGCGUCAUCUAAUCAAUAUCACGAUGCUGCUGGAUGCGGAGGCGGACGACAAUGAUAAUGAUGGGAAUGUCAACGAAUGUGAAACCCCGGCAGCUGUGGAAUCCACAUUCAAACAGAAGUCAUAAUAAAAGACAUUUGAUAAAGGAUUAAGGUUUAUUAUACUCUCUCGUUGUGGUCUAAUGAAUUAUCAAAUUGUCGUAGUUG